GUUGAACGUAAACUCCCGUAUCCAUUAGCAGCUGUUGAUCUUACAAAUUAUUUGACUUUACACUAAAUCGAAGGUCGCCUUGACCGAAAUGCCAGGCGAAAUGCAGAAUAUAACUUUCUCCGACUGCUGGCUUUAUGCAUGAAACAUGCUCUCAGUGAGGAUACACUUGCAAUAUUGCCCACUGGAUACUGGAUAUUUUUGAGAUGUUGCCACUAAUGAAAUCGAGAAACCCGGGCUAUCAACUUGUCACCCAGGCUGACCCGUGUGUCAUAUUUAUUUAUAUCCGUGGGUGAUGCCUGACCUAAGAUUUUUUUUAUCAAGAGUCGUCAUAGAAUCUUUAGUCUGAACUAAUCAGUAGUCUGAACCAGACUACUGAAAAUCGAGCAUCGUUGCCAGGGGCGUGGCUUCUCUAAGUGAUGCGUGACCUUGUGCUCUUCGUCGGGGUGGCAUACCAUACUGUGAAGAAACUGAAUAGCCUCAACCAAUCGAACACCGGAGAAUUCCUUUAUUCUAUUCACAAUUGCAUUUGUGGGUACUGCAAACAUUUUCCUUUCAAAAUCAAUCGAGCUCGAUACCCUCUAGUUUUACAUGAUGUGCGAAGUGAAACGAUUCAGUGCUGAACAACUUCUGUGGCCGAAGAAAAUUUGGGGCGGAAAGUGUUCGGUUGAAAAUCACCUGAUAACUACAGAAGCAUAUGCACCACGAACACGAUGAGCAAAGAAGGCUAAAAAAAUGAAUAUAUCAUUUGCAGUAAUAGUCAACUUCCGAGACACAUUUUGUGUCUUUGUUACAGUUCCAUUGUGAUUGUUCCUGGGGUUACAUGCAUCUCUUUUGAAAAUUAAAAACAAGUCAAAGAUAAAAGUUUACUUUUCUCUAGACUCAGGAGUCAAUAUUUAUCGUUACAUGCUUCAAGUCAUGAUCUGUACAAACAUGUUGCCAUUUCUAUUGAUUGUGCUACCACAUAAGCCAAACACAAAUCAAUAUUCAUCCAUGCACUCGGUGUCACGCAUCAACCUCUCACACGACAGGUAUUUACCCCACGCGUUGAAUAAGUAAAGCCCAAGGGCUUUCAACAAGUACAAUUUCAGCCUUUAAAAAAGGAAUAAACUGAGGGAAUCAACGAGCCAGGUAACAUCAGCCGCGACGUUGCUGACUCCAUUUAUGUCCUCAUUACCUUUCAAAGAGGAUUCGGAAUAUUUCACAUACGGCAUCUAGAAUCAACAAUUAUGGAGCUUGAUUGAAUGGGCCUUAGUCCGCACACAAGCGGACGAGACGACAAGUUCUGUUUGCAAACAGAGCUACAAUAGGCGAGCAUACAAUCGAAGUGAUUGCAUCGGCGGAUUCGGAUUGUUGGCACGACAAAGCCCAGUGUGGUGACACUGGUGAUUCGCACGUCCUGUCAGCCCCGUUGUCAGGCUGAGCAUGGGCUGAGUAACUCAAGGGGUUUACUGCUUGAGCAUGGCCAUAGUAAGUGCUGCUGUGGAAAUGAUGACUCUCACUUGACUUUUGGUACGUAACUCUUCACGAUGGAACGUAAUGGCUAGACUUUGGCUACCGUGUUCGUAUUGUGAAGGUCUGCCGUCAACGAUGUGAUAUGUUUGGACAUGUUAAGGAACCACCGAUCAAAAUUGUGCAAACGACUACUGUAAGAAAUUUUAAAAACUGCCAUAAAUGAAUCAGCAAUGAAGCCCACAGUGCCGAAAACAGUUCAUGUGGACAAACGUCCCAGCUUCGCAGGCAACCUGGUGACAAUCUUCGCGGGACGGGCCGAGCGCACGGCCGAGACCAUGGCCAUGCGUCAGAACCUCCCAGGUAAGAGUCACGUUGGGAGGAUUCUCCUGAACGACAACACCAGCCAGGAAAGGCUCCUUGACAUGAGACUGUCCGACAUCCAAAACGCGCAGAAGAAAACAGCGACGUUCAUCGCACACCAAAAGAAAACUUUUGUGACGAGGAUGGAGCAUCGUCAGAACACGUGGGUCCGAGAACAUUCCAGGAGGGCAAAUAUCCUCAAUUCAUGGGCGAACAGAAAGCGAGACAGCAUCGUUGCUGACACAGAAUCACAAGACAGUGCCGAAGACGCUGUCACACUAGAGAAGGGUAAGGCGGUAGAUGCUUCAGAUGAUACAAAUCCAAAUAUUAGAUCAGUGGAUACUACUAAGAAAGAAUCACAAGAGAUGUCGGAUUCUCUGCCAGAAAUUUGUUCAACCCAGAAAAAAAGUAGAAUUCCACUCGGAAAAUUUAAUGCCAAAGGGACAACAGGUCUACCUAGAAAUGAUCUUUCUCUGCCAAACAUUCAAGUGUCAAACUUGGUGGACAAAUCUUCCAAUCCAAUGAAUGGAACGAAGCUUCCCUCAGUUCUUAUUACAGCUGAAGGUGACGCUGAACAGGCCAACCAGGAGUCUGGAAAGUCAAACAAUGCUGGGAAUAGCGUCGAAAUUGCUGAAAAGAAGCAACCUCGAAUGCCUACCGACACCUUCGAACAGCCCCGCCUGACCGGACCUUCGCCGACGUUCAUCUCUGAAGUCUUGCCUAGGAUUCAGAUCCAGGAGCGCCUCCGGAUGCCGUCACAUCUCUCAAAGAAAGCAAGGCGGCGAAGGAGGAGGAAGAUCUCCGCCAAGAACGUCGAGGAGGACCCGCUGGAGGACGAUAGGUUCUUGAGGCUGCAGCACACCCUUGCCCCUCAUCUGGCCUGGCAAGACACCAGAGACAUGGCCAGUAUUGCCGCGGGUGUUGUGAACGCAAAAAAAAUUGUGUCAGAAAAGUUAAGGAAAAUAACUAGAGUAGACGAAGCUGUUCAAGACGAUUAAUUGUACACGGAUCCUUGCAAGGUGUGGUAAGGAUGAUGUCGCCGAGUGAACUUUUUUUCGUAAAGGAGAGAAAUAGAAAAGAACAUUUUAUGUAUCAUAUAAUAUAGUGAUGACCAACCUUUUUGUAUGACUAAUACGGAACAAGAACACGUCAUCGAACAGACUACAGUAAAGAUAAUGGCAAUAUUUGCUCAAAUAACCAUUGACAUGUAUGUAUAUCUUAUGCCAGCACUUAAAAGGUUGCAAUAGAUGGACUGUAAAACCGAAGAAAGAUUAAAUCCCACGCGUAAUAUCAACACCAUAAUAUACACAAAAAUACUUUAUUUUGGGAAAUGAAACCGAAGUACAUGUAUAAAUACAAUUAAAAUAAUCUGCAUUGAAUAUUUUGAUUGCGCUGACUGGGCACAAAAUUAUUCUUCUUUUCCAUACGUUUGUACACUUAUCCGAAGCACAUACCAAGGAUACAUCACUUAUAAGUGCCAAAUGUUUUUGGUUUACAAUUAAUUCAAGUCAGGUUUUGAAUUUAAUUUUAAUUUAAUUUGUGUGAAAAACAAUCUUAUUACGAGUGGUGUUUUUAUCUAUGUUUUUCAUCCGGUAAUUGUUGUUACCGGUUGUUACCGGAUACAUGUAUCAGUAUUUCAAUUAACUACCUCUCAUAAAAUCUAAUAAAAAUUUCGUUUCGUGGUUUUCCAGAGCACCCACUUGAUUAAGGUACUUUGGCUGAUUGUGCUGUUAUAUUUCCACACAAGCAAUUUCCACUAAGGAAGGAUCCCAACAGAAUGAAACAACAUCUUCUUGUCCCAAGGAAUGUCAACAUCACUGGUAACCACUUCCUUAUGCAACACAAGCACGCGGGCAACUCCUUAAAUGACUUAUCUUUGGGGGAAUUUACAUUUCGUUCGUUUGUUUUGUUACACCAAAAAACUUCCUGGACCCUACAACCAGCAUAAGUGUUACUCCGCACAUUGCAAGUUAUUCUAUAGACGAAGAGAAUUCCAAGCCACAUUUUUCGAGAACAAAAUUCGCUCCUCACUCCACCAUUACCCAAAACCAAGGUAUUACGCUGACGCCUGCCUACAGCGAACUUCAAAACAAUUUUUUUUCCUAAAUCCAAUUUGGGCCUUAUGCAUAAUACCUAGAAUAAAAAUUUGGAAACUGUUUCAGUAAAUCCAACUUUAUCGUCAAUGGACGAUCUUAACUAGUGUGCUUCAUAUUACAGGGGCGUGAUAGCAACUUUAUUUUCGUUGAUUUAAUUUCUUUGGUGAAAGGCACUAAAUAGCUCCAAUUGAGGGCGCUAAUGAUACAUGUACUAUGCCCAACACCAGGCUGAGGUGGUAGAGAAGUCGUCUUAACGGAGGAAGUGCUACUGACCUGAAUCCAACUCCAGAAGAAACAUUUACAUUUUAUGAACUGAGUCAACACUUAAGUAUUCUGGCACUUCCUAUUCCCCAUAUAACCACGGGAGUCAGCUUGCGUCCCUCGCUGCUUCGUAUGUUUGCGACCGUUCGUUGGAAAUGAAUUCGCCCCUGCUCCAGCUUCGCACCGUAAAAGAACUGUUGUCGCCAUCUGUUAAUAAUAAUUAUAAGAAGAAGUAUUAUUUAAAAAUGCAUUCCAUGUCAACGACAUCAAAAAGCGCUGUACACUAAAUAUCAUUAAAAAGAUUAAAAAUAAAGACAAUUACAAUAUCGUAAACAAGCUAAAAGCUGAUACAUAAGAAAUACAAAACUUUCGAAUUACAACCAAAUAAAAUAAAAUGGCCUCCUAGUUAGCAAGAUUGGACUAUAUUGCUGAAAAGUAAUUCUGGAAGAGGUGAGUUUUAAGCUGGUUUUAAAAUGAUUUAAACUUCCAG